GUAUUUUCUUUUUGUUUGAAAUAGAAUUAACGUGCUCUGUAUGCAUAGCUGGUAACCUGUAUUCUUAUUAAGGAAAAGAUAAUUUUCACUUGUAGAUCUUCUGUUAGACAAAGAAGAAACCCAAAGGAGGGGGCAGAUCUGACUAGCAUUCAGGAGCUCAUUGAUGAAAUUGACUGUAAUUGUCAUUCUGAAAUAUGUUUUUACAGGUCUGCUGGAAGUUGUAAGGCACUGUACAUAUGUUGGACUGGCGGACGACAUCUCUGCAGUGCUUCAGCACGACACUCAUCUUUAUCUUGCAUUUGUGGUGAACUUGAUUUACUAAUUAUGUUGUUGUAGUUUUCUUGAAAUUCCAUAUAAUCAAAUGACUAUCUAUAGAACUGUAGAAAAAUUAAAUUUGCAAGCUAGUAUGGAGGACACACCCUCCAUACUACUGACAUAGGCAAGAUAUAUAAUGAAAUUGUGAGGACGAUCCAACACUAAAUAAUUGGCCUAGAAAGAAGUAGGUGCUGGAUAUAUAAUUCUCAUAACACCUAUUAGAAAAAAAAUUCUCAUAACUCCCUGAAUGUUUGACUUGUUAUACGACUUCAUUGUUUCUUUUGCUGUUUUAAUGCAAUUACAGCAAAGAGCUCAUGUAUCAGCAAGUUCUGCGCCUGUUUGCCCAUUUUAAUGCCAUGCAAUUAAGUGACCUGGCUCCAAUUUUUGAGUUGAUUAUGAUGGCAUUGAAAGAAGACAAUUCAGAUCCGGGAUGCCAUGAGAAUGAUGGCCUAAUAGAGAAAAUCGCAGAAAUGAAUACCGAAUUGCUCAAGCAAAAGGCUGGACUGUUAGAGGAUUAUUUCUGCAUUCAUAUUGAUAUACGUGGAAAUUUGUCUAGAUUUCCCGUCAUACUUGAGCAGUACACACCUGACAUGGAUCGUGUCCCUGAAUUUGUACUUUGUUUGGGCAAUGAUGUCGACUGGGAGGAUGAGAAAAAUUGCUUCCAAUCAAUUUCAGCUGCUCUUGGAAUCUUUUAUGCCAUGCAUCCUCCCAUGUUACCCAACCCAUCAGGUGAUGGUAUGCAGUUCUACAAAAAGAGAAAACCUCUCAGGAAUCCUGAAGAUGAAGAAAAUACUCCUGAGAAUAUAGGGGAUGAUACCACAGGAGAGAAUGAAAUUGAGCAGGAACUACUUUCGGAGGCAGAGACUGUGUGGGUACAGCGUGAAUGGUCAAUCCAACACGUAUUGUUUCCAUCCAUGAGACUCUUUUUCAAGCCACCUAGUUCAAUGGCUACUAAUGGAACCUUUGUCCGGGUCGCUUCACUGGAGAAGCUUUACAAGAUCUUUGAAAGAUGUUAAUAUAGUUGUUCUGUUCAGAUCUAGUGACAGGAGAAUGGGGCUAUUGUCUGAGGCAUUUGUGUUCAUUGAUAGUGUAAUUCAGUUUAUUAACUUUUUAGCUUUGCUUUGUGAAGGAAUCUGGGUUAAGUGUCGAUGGAUUAUGGGUUUUGUGGGUUUUGGUUGCCAUAGUCCAGUAUUGGGAGCCUCAAUAAUCCCCUGUUAGUUCAUACCCCAUACAAAAUUAAACACCUCAUGGUACAUCUGGAUUUGGGGCUAACUUGGUCAUUCAAUCUGGCUACUUGAAUGGGAAGUGGGAACUGAGGAUGACGAUAAGGUGGCUUGAAAUAUCUUGUUUCUUGUGUGGGAGAAGAUAAUUUUGUAUUAGGAAUUUAGGAAAGAUGAAUUGAGAGAUUAUAACUGGAGUUAAAUUGUAACUCUUUUAGAGUA